AUGUUCGAGGCUGCUCGCAAGAUGUUCCUCUUGAGUGCUCACAGAGCCAGGAUGCGCGCAUCUGCCAUCGUCGACGGCACAGCCUCUUCGUCAGCUUCAGGCGACACGAUGGCGUCUGCACCACUUCCACCGGAACUUCCUGCCUCGAGUGAAGUCAAGCGCACAAGGAAGGCGCUUCCAGAGCAAUCGAAGCAUCGCGAGGCGCAGUCAACUUCAGAAAAAUAUGAGCUCGAGUCCAUCACGGGYAUCUCAGUCGCAGGUGUCAGCGACCAGCUAGACCCUGUCAUACAACAGCACAUCCUCGUCAACUUUCCAUGGAUCAAAUCAGAUGCCAUCGCUGAGAUUGCCGGACAGUGUGGCAUUGUACUCAAGCGCACCAUCGCUGAGCAGUAUCCCGUUKUGGAAGCCACCAAAUCGCGCAUCAACUUCAUGUCGCUCUCGCUCGAGCUUCGUGAGAUGGUCUACGAUCUUGUCCUGAUCUGUGAUGAGACCGAUGUGCAAAACUUGGAUCCCCGAAAUCAGCCGAUGUCCGCAAAAUUCAUGUUCAGCCUUUACAAGACGCCCGUCAUCUGUCUGCAGCAAUGCGAAGUUGACGUAUAUGAUGGACAUACCGACUACUUUGGCUGGCAAAGUGAGUGGUCUAAGCAGCCGGCCCUCACUCGCGUUUCGAGAGCCGUUCGUGCUGAAACGCUGCCGAUAUACUACAAGAAAAAUGAGUUUGUUGCAUUUUCAUACGAGUUUCCGGGAGCGAUGGGCCGCUUCCCUACUCUCAAGAGAUUUCUAAGCAGCAUUGGCCACCACAAUGCGGGGCUCAUCAAGCACCUGACAUUGUUGUUCCCGGGUUUAUGGUCAGGCGUCGACGGAGAAGCGGCAAGAAAGGAUCUGGGUGGCGAGACCACAGGAUUGGCACGAGCUGCAGUUCAGAUGUUUAAGGCAGGCAACUUUUCAGACACGCCCCCAAAUCCCCAUGGAUUCUGUGAGUUUGCAUGGGGAUAUCAAGGAGCAGAGCUUGGAGCAGGAACCGAUGAGUACGAUGACCCCCAACCUGCAUGGCCACCAGCGUGUGCUUGUGUCGGGUGCGAGGAGGCUUGUGGCGUGCGAACGUGGGAUCGGUCUCGACAUGCGGUCAAGGGCGUGUUUUCUUGA